AUGAACACUCCUCCCCAAGUGGAAAUUCGCAUCCUCCAAGCGAGGAAACUUUUCCCAGCAGAAGGAUACGAAAAGAAAAUCAUCAUCUACGUCGAUGAGAUCUCUGAUACCGAUCGGUCGGUUUAUCCUCCCGUUCUCAUCAAUCUCCGUAGCUUAAGUCGCGACCACAUCCGAGGGCUUCUCCAAGAUCAACUCCUUAGCCACCACAACGACUUGUUAUCCUUAAGUUUAGAAAGAGAGAUCUCAAGGGCUGCAACAGCGUUAGGUUUUGGCAGUAACGGUUUUUACUUGAUCAUCUCCGUCAGAAUUACUCACCAGACCGUCGUGGUUAACAGCGAGGAGUUAUUGAGGAUGGUUUUACUAGGGAGUAAGAUGAAUACAGAGGAACUGAAGAGUAUGGAAACAGAGCCGUGUUCAAUCUGUCUCGACGAGCUCUCAUGUUCGGAUUCCAAAAAAACUGGUGUCCCUACACGCAUGACUUGUUCCCAUGUCUUCCACGAUCGCUGUCUCAUUGAGUGGCUUCAACGCAAAAACACUUGCCCGUUGUGUCGUUCUGUGCUGUACGAUCGAUGA